GCCAUAGCCCCUCACUCUGCCCUGUCACUGGAGCUCCAGAUAUUGCAGGCGGACUGAAGAGGAGCUACAGAGAGAGAAAGAGAAAGAGAGAGACAGAGAGAGAGAGAGAGAGGGAGAGAGUGAGUGAAAGAGGGGAAGAGGGGAGAGAGAGAGGAAAGGGAAAUCAAAAGGACAAACCACCAAACUGACAUGUGAGGAGACACUUCCGACAAAAGUCACACAGCAGCAGCAGCAGCAGCAGGACAGAAGUGUGUUGUGGGGGAAGAGAGGAGAGAACGUGAGCAAAGGCCGACACUUAGGAAAGUUUGAUUUGCUGCCUGGGGGGGAAAGCGAAGAGUGGGUUGAUCAAUUUCAGACUUUUAAUCUCACUCACUUAACGCAAGGAAUAUACAAGCGAAUAUCUGCUAAAACAGGCGACCAAAAUGGGUUGUACCAUGAAGUUGAGUGUGGCGCUCUUCUUCGCCAGUCUUUUUGGCGCGCUGGCCACGCUGUUCAUCGUGCUGUCCUUUGGCACCGAUUACUGGCUGGUGGCCUUCGAGACGUGCCCCGAUCCGGACAGCCAUCAUGGAUUACUACCGGUGGAUUACCAGGAGGGAGACAUGAUGGUGAACCAGGACAUGUCGGACCCCACCGUCUUCUACCACGAGGGCUUCUUCUGGCUCUGCUCCUUCACCGGCCGCCUCGAACCGUCGGAGGGAGAAAACUUACUCAAGUUCUGGUUCACCAACCAGCCCCACAGUAAGGAGUGCAAACAUGCCUACCUGUUCCCUUACCCAGUGUCUGAGGCCACGCACAAUGCCACCACCGUUGACUCCGCCAUCAUCUACAGGGGCUUCUGGAGCGUGUUUAUGCUGGUGGGUGUGCUGGCGGCCAUCUUGGCUGGAUUCCUCAUCAUCUGUGCGGCUCCGUUCGCUAGCCACUGUCUCUACAAGGCUGGAGGAGGACUCUACUUCAUAGCAGCUCUAUUUCUGCUGGCUGUCAUUGUCAUGUUUGUCAUCUGGAAAGAGGCGCUGGAGUUUGUGCCGCUCUACUUGGAUCACCAGAGAGACAAGUGUCCGCUCUUUGAGAUGAACAUGGACUACGGCAUUUCCUUCAUGUUCGCCCCUGUGGGGAUUUUCUUCUGCCUGCUGGCCGGCCUGCUCUUCUUUGCCAUCGGACGCACUGUGCAGAGGAGGGGCGUUUAAGUGGCCUGCAGGGGUCACUGAUGUGCGGACACAGCCACACUACACCACAUGACUACACAAGCGUUGCUUCAUGGAUUGUCUAUUUUUUUUCGGAAGGCGGCUUUGUACUUUUCACAUAUUUUUUUUUACAUGUGUUUCCUCAGAUGACUUCGAUUUUGAGAGCAGUGGGUGCUGAUGCAGUGCUGCUCAGAACUGUAAUCUGUGCUUCUCAACAGGUGCAGCUGUGGUGAGCAUGUGAUAUUGCCAGACCCUGGACAUCAUCAGCAUAAGUUCAUAUGGUAAAGGUCCUGCCACAUGUUUGUUUCAGCCAAUUAGCUCACAAUUCUCAUCAUUUACGUCACACAAGUUCCGUUUUGAAAAGAAGCAGGUGGAAAAGACAGACACGUAAAUUUAUGUUGAUGCCAUCAGGUGCUACUUACAGUUACUUCCUUUCCGAAACGUGGUCAUACACUUAGACAUCAAGAGAGAUGUUUAAUUUCAGGAAGGGUCUAAUCAUUUUUUCUUCAACUAUGUACCUGCUUCGAAUGCAUUGAAUUGAAGGUGUCUGACAUCAUGUGAAAAAGGCCCCUUUAAGCUGGCAGCUAAGUUCAGCUAAUUAACCCCUUAGCACAGAGCCUAUGUUAUAACCUUACUAUCACCAAAAUUGUAAUGGCUAUGUCUUAAUUUAUUGCUCAACACUCUCGGAAAUGUCAUAGCAAUGUUGCUAUAAUGUAGCUGAGUAUUUUCAGCAAAUACUGAAUAGGCCUGCUGGCGACUCCAUCUGCACUAAAGGGCUACUGAGAUCAUCUAUAGGCCUAAUAAAGGGUCAGACUUUUACUUUUUCAAUACAGUUUUUGUCUGCAUCACCUCCGAUGUUCUGUUUAAGAAAGCAGUCACAAUUCAGCGUCACUGCACUCCUUGGCAACAUGGUAAGCUGAGGAUGUUUGGAGCUGCCCUCUAGAUGAGAUCAUAAGCACUGUUGUUGCCUCUGCAGAUUACUAGCAAUCCAUACAUGUGAGGCGUGUGCCUAUUUGAGUGUAAGGAGUGGAGUGUGGUGUUUCGAGUGUAUGGUUGUUUUGAACGGGCUAGCGUGGUUUGGGAUCACACAAUGUGUUUAUACUCUAUUUUUUGGGGUGAAUGCUAACACACAAAAUACACAAAGAGUGUUUGUCACAAACUUUGCAGUGUUAAUUCAUCACAGAAUCGAUUUUAAAAGGCUACUCUUUUAGUUAGUCCAGCUCUGUGGGUGUUGAAUUAACACUGUCAAAUGUACUGUGAGCAUAGUCGAUGGCUGAUGACAGUGUGAAAACACAGACCAUUGAAGAGCUUUGCCGUUUUUGUUAUCACGCUGUAUUAUAGCAUUUUUUUCUGCAUGUAUUGAUUAGAUGCACAAGACACUGGACAGCUGUUUGUCUUUAAAGACACUAAAUAUACAGAUCAUUUUGUAUGUAGGCCCUAUGUAUGUAUGUAUGUAUGUAUGUAUGUAUGUAUGUAUGUAUGUAUGUAUGUAUGUAUGUAUGUAUGUAUGUAUGUACGUACAGUAUGUAUGUAUGUAUGUAUGUAUGUAUGUAUGUAUGUAUGUAUGUAUGUAUGUAUGUAUGUAUGUAUGUAUGUAUGUAUGUAUGUAUGUAGAGGUAUGUAUGUAUGUAAUGUAUGUAAUGUAUGUAUGUUUUUUUGUUGCCAAAAAUCACUGAUAAUCUUUGAGGUGUAGGAUUCAAUAAAUUAGAGGAGAAUAUUAAUAACACUUAUUUACAGCACAUGACAUUCAACUUCCAUUAGAAAUCCAGAACUUGAACUGUUUAACAUCUAUGACUGGUUAUAUAUGAUGACAUUUGCUUUGUAAAUAAUUAUUUGAUAUAAUUAUUUACAGUACAUAUUGGAUAUAUUGAAAUACUAUUUAGACAAAUAAAACACAAAUAUAUGUAAAUCUUGCAUUUGUCACUGGGAAUGUAUGUAUGUACUGCUGUUUAAAGUAUGUCUGUCAGCUUCGAGGUAGCCAUUACAGAAAUUUAGCGUUGCUACUUUUAGCAACUGCCUCCAACGUCGAGCGUAUACAGCCAAGACAGCUGAAAGACAAGUUGCUGGCAGGUGCUGAUUGUAAACUAGAGUGGACAUGUCACACACACACACACA